AUGAGUACAGAGGAUCUUAACUGGGUUAAAAAUACGCAGAGCAAGUUUUUCCUUCGUCUCCCACUUUCUUUCGCUGUCGAUCUCUCCGCACUCGCCGCCGCCACCAACACUCUGCAGGAUUCACCCUCUGUCUCUCCGCACUUCGCAGGACCGCAGCAAGAGCAUGAAAGCCCUCCGCUGACCGCUCCUCACUCUGCAUCAAGCCAAAGGAACCCUGCUAUAUUUCUCCAUGCAUACACAUGCCUUCCUAUUAGCUUUGCAACAAGACAAGCUGCUGGUGCUAUUUUGCAAGAUGUUGCUGAUUCAGGAGUUUUGUUUGCAUUAUUGAUGUGUAAACACAAGGUUGUCAUAAUGUGCAUCUACCGAUCCAAACACAAAAGUGCAUAAAGUUGUUUUUGAUGGAUCAUGUUAGAAAGUUUGGGUUGAUAAGGUUUUAGUGGAAAAGACGGAUCUAAUUCAACCAAAUGAUAAAACGUAGUUUCUCGAUGACACAAUAGGAAGUGUGGGUGCAUGGCUAUCUAAAUUUAUAGUAUUGUAUAAUUGAUACAUACUUUAUUGAUUUGUGAGGAUUGAAAGCGUAAUCAUUGUUAUAUA